GAUUUUUUAGGGAGAAAGCAAAAUUUUCAUCUGGCAACACUGCUGAAAUCCCCACCAGAAACCGGAGGAGGAGCAGGAUCUCCCGAAGAAGCCGCGUCGGUGGCCGUGGCGGCGGAUGCCAGCGAAACGGAGCGCCUGGUGAAGCUGGUGAUGGCCAUGGGCUAUCCGGAGGGCGAGGUCCGCCUUUCGCUGGCCCGAAGCAACAACAACGUACAGCGGGCAGUACAGAUUUUGGUCGAAGGAGAGGAAGAAAACGAUGACGGCGAAUCCCGGAAACGGCGUCGCAGUCGCCAGCGAUUGAAGCACCUGCGCAGCUCCCUUUUGGGUAAUCCCGUUCCCACGGACGAAGCCAUCGUCCAGAUGAUGCGGGAUCAGAGGAUCGCACAGGCACUUGCGGAGAUGAUCAACGGGAGCAGCGUGGAGGCCAUGCAACUGCUGCUCGAAGAGGAGGAUGACGAAGGGCAGGAGGGCCAGGAGGAUGAGCAAGUGAGUCAGGAGGAGCUGGGCAGCACCAUGGACCAGUCAUCCUCAUCCGCCGAUGGAUCGCCGCCUAGCAACUAGGUGGAGAACAUAUCGUAGAGCCGCUUACUCCUCGAGUUAUCCAAAAAAAUGAUGUUAAGUUUUUCAAGAAUAGCAAUUAAUUUCGACCCAGAAUUGUCACAUUUAAAGUACUGUAUCACAAUAUUUAAGGGUUCAGUCGAUACACCUUAAAAAAUACUAAGAAGUCAAACAAUAAUAAUCACAAGCGUUAAAGCUUGAAGGUUUUUCUUUUCCUCACUAACCAUUCUAACUAUUAUGUUUAAACUAAUUUUUAAAGUGUUACAAAUUUGAAUCUCAAAAAAUGUGUUGAAGUAACAAUAAUUAAUAUGCAUUAAGAAAUGCGAUAAUGUUAAAAAUAUAUAUAAAUGUAUCUCAGCAUAAAGGGUUCAUAUUUUAAUAAUAUCUUACGAGAUUUUUAAAAAUUGAUUUAAAGAUUUAUGCUUAUCAACGUCUUCAAAAACUGUUUGCUUUCAUUUAAAAAAUUAUCUAAUCAGCUAAAAAAAACUAUUUGUUUGCUUAUUUAAAAUCCUCGAAAUUUGUUUAAAAUACCUCGAGUGUGAAGUAAAGAUUAACUGAAAUAAAAAGAUUAAAAAAAAGAA